AUGCCGGAUCGAUUCUCAAUUCCCAUCAUCGAGAAACUUCUAGACAAACUCCACGGUGCCAAAAUCUUCUCCAAGCUUGAUCCGCUCGGGCUAUCAUCAAAUAAAAGUCUGGAGUGAAGACGUCCCCAAGAUGGCCGUCUGCAUGCAUGAGGGACACUAUGAAUUUCUGGUCAUGCCGUUCGGACUCUCCAAUGCGCCGGCCACCUUCAAGUCACUAAUGAACUCGAUCUUUGCCAGUUACUUGUGCAGAUUUGUCCUCAUCUUCUUUGAUGACAUCCUGGUUUACAGCCUGAGCCCGAAGGAACACAAAGAACACCUAAGGCGCGUGCUAGCCGUCCUCCAUGCCAAUGCCAUGCACCUCAACCAGAAAAAGUGUUCUUUCGGGAAAGCCUAG